CAACGUCUUCUCAGAUCAAAUCCCUGAAACUCAACUUACUCUGCAACUAUGAAACUCCUGAGGUUGAAGAGGAAGAAGCCUCCACUAGAAAUGCCAUCUUUGGCACUAAAGAAGAGUGUAGUGGUAACAACAAUUGUAGUCGCCAUAGUUGCUUCUUUUCUCUAUCCAUCAAGGGGUUGUCAAUUUUCAGCUAUUUAUAACUUUGGCGACUCCAACUCCGACACAGGCGCCGUCUCAGCAGCAUUCGGCGGCCUCCCUCCUCCUUACGGCAAAACAUUCUUUGGUAAACCUUCUGGUCGGUAUUCUGAUGGGCGACUCAUCAUUGAUUUUAUAGCUGAGAGUUUGGGAUUGCCGUUGGUGAAUGCGUACCUCGAUUCUAUAGGAUCGAAUUUCAGCCAUGGAGCGAACUUUGCAGCGAGCGGGUCCACUAUGCAGCCAGUGAAUGCCAAGUUAUAUGGGGCUGGUUUCAACCCUUUUUCUCUUGAUGUGCAGCUUCUGCAGUUUGAACAACUUAAAGACCGGAUAGAGGAACUUUACACCCAAGCUGAUAUCUCGCGAAUCACAAAUAAUCUCCCAAAACCAGAGGAGUUCUCAAAGGCCCUUUACAUAUUGGAUAGUGGCCAGAAUGAUCUUCACUAUGGACUCGUGACAAUGACAAGAAAGCAAGUGAAGGAAUCCAUUCCCUAUAUAAUUAGUCAGUUUGCACUUUACAUAGAGAAGCUCUACCAAAGAGGAGCAAGAGUAUUUUGGAUACAUAACACCGGUCCCAUUGGCUGCUUGCCGUUUUUUGUUGUAACCUAUCCACCGAGGCCCGAAGAUGCUGAUCGAAAUGGCUGCGUAAAGUCCUACAAUGAGGUGGCUAUAGAAUUCAACAAACAGCUCAAAGAGCAGGUUUCUAAACUGAGGACUCAGCUCUCUGGUGCAGCUCUUUUUUAUGUUGAUAUCUUCUCAGCCAAAUAUUCUCUAAUCAGUGAAGCAAGCAGAUAUGGUUUCAUUAAUCCUCUUGGGCAAUGUUGUGGCGACUCUGGGGAUUCUGGUCUUCGAUGUUGGACGACGAAAAUAGUAAAUGGAACUGAAAUUUUUGCCACUUCUUGCACUGACCCUUCAAAGUGCAUUAGCUGGGAUGGCAUACACUACACGGAGGCUGCAAAUAAAUGGAUAGCCAACCGUAUUCUGGAUGGAUUUUUGACAGAUCCUCCCGUUCCCCUUGCUAAAGCAUGUCGCAGCCUCGGUUCCUCUGACCGAUGAAGAAUGCUUUUAUGCCUCGUCUGGUUGGAGUAAAAGUGGUAAAAGGGUUAGGAAUGGGAGGAUAAGUGGAUGGAUUUUGAGACUUAAUAUUGUUUGGUAGGAGAGGUUAGAGGAGGAGCAAAUGGGUCAGGCAAGGGAUUAAAAAUCCUCCACGGGACUCUAAUUUUUAUCUUUAUGUAGUUGAAAAGAUUGGAGUAGAUCCAUACCAAACACAGCAAGAGAAAAGGUUCUCCCCUCCCUCCCCAUUCCCUACUAGAUUAUAUACUUUUCCUUCCAUCCUAUGUUGUCUCCCUUACCAAACACAUUCUUAAAGCAUGUUUGCAAUCUUAUGUCAACUUCAACA